AUGAUAGCAUCAAAAGACGAGCAGUCAAUUAAUCAAUGUAGUAGCAAGAAGAAGAACAACAAUAACGAAGAAAAUGAUAUUCUAGGAGCACAACGAGUUUCUAAGAAGGAAACCGUUUCUUUGAGUGAAGUACAGCCAGAGAAUACGAAAAAAAGUGACAAGCAAGGUGAAGUAUCUGACGAACAAGACGAGGACCUAAGCAAAAAAAACGAGAAGCCAACAUUUUCAUACAACGCACUUAUCAUGAUGGGAAUCAGAGGAUCGGAAGAGAAGCGUCUAACUCUAAGUGGUAUCUAUGAGUACAUCAUAAAGAACUUUCCUUACUACCGAGAAAACAAACAAGGAUGGCAGAACACGAUAAGACACAACCUCUCCCUCAAUAAAUGCUUCGUCAAGGUGCCCCGACAUUAUGAUGAUCCUGGUAAAGGGAAUUACUGGAUGCUUGACCCAUGUGCAGAUGAUAUAGUAAUAGGCUGUACCACAGGGAAACUUAAACGACGAAACCCUCCUUUGUCAAAAAACCGACUGAAAAGACAACAAAGAAUCUCUCCAAACCCUGGUUGUUGGUCGUUCAACGCACGCACAAAUAUGUGUACUUACGUGAACUGGCAUGGCUACACUCCAGGGCUGAAUUCCUCCAUAUCGAAUUCGUCUGGAUUUCUCAGAGUUCCAGUUUCGCCAAUAUGCGAUGGAACAAUGCCCUUCAACCUUCCUGGAUAUCAAAGAGAACCCUCGAUCUAUUCACAGACAUCAGGCUACAAGCUUCCACAUCAACACAGCUACCCCAUCUCAAAUCCACCAAGCGCGUUUCGUUCCGCGCCCUGCUCGUUCAAUCCAUUUCCAUCUCCAGCUAAUCAGCUUUUCCAACACACCAUCCACCCAUCACCAUGGACCAAAUUCGACUUGCCUGCCCGGCGUGUACCCGAGAUACUUUCCAGCCCGACCAAAAGUAGUGAUGUCAACCCGACUUUGUCUUUCCCCCAAAGAAUGGGAUAUGGGCCUUGCUCAAGCCAACGUGCUCUUUCUAGCUAG